GGUGGGGGGGGAAGUGGUUUUGGGGUUUCGUUUUCUUCCUUCUCCGCAAGAUCUCGGAAACUGAUUCACAUUAGCAAUCAGAAACGAAACUGGCCCUUGAAGGGAGCGAGCGCUGUUUCCCGGGAAACAGAAAGCUCUCGGUAUUGCCGAUUUCUUUCGUUUCCGGAGUAAGUUUCGAUUUCUCCUCAUCGAGAAACUGAAUGGGAUGGGUCAUUCCUGUGUUGCCGAUCCCGUAGUCUUCCCGUAGUCUUCCCCCGAACUGCGCUUGGAAAGCAUCGUCUUCUCCGACGCUCCCUACUCAGAGCCUGAAAGAACAUUUUUUGCUGCAUAGACACUACAAAGUCUGACAUGAAGAAAUCCAGAAAUACUGAGUAUUCUCCGAAUAAAAGGUUCAAAAAGGAAACAGAAAAUCAUCUGUGCAGCCAAUAUGAAGAGAAGGUCCGUCCCUGUAUUGACCUCAUUGAUUCACUAAGAGCCCUUGGAGUGGAAAAGGACUUGGCGUUGCCAGCAAUUGCUGUGAUUGGAGAUCAGAGCUCUGGAAAAAGUUCAGUUCUAGAGGCCUUGUCUGGAGUUGCCCUUCCUAGAGGCAGUGGGAUUGUUACCAGAUGCCCCUUGGAGCUCAAGAUGAAAAAAAGUAAUAAUAAUAAUAAUAAAGAAUGGAAGGGGAAAAUGGUGUAUCUAGAAACAGAAGUGGAACUGAAAGAUCCAUCAGAGGUGGAAGCUGCAGUUAGGAGAGCCCAGAAUGCAAUAGCUGGCGAAGGACUGGGUAUUAGCAACAAAUUAAUUACCCUGGAAAUUAGUUCUCCAGAUGUUCCAGAUCUCACCUUAAUUGAUCUUCCAGGAAUUACAAGAGUGGCAGUAGGUAAUCAACCACAAGACAUUGGCAAUCAGAUCAUGAAAUUAAUUCAAAGUUAUAUUACCAAACAAGAAACCAUAAAUUUGGUUGUGGUUCCAAGUAAUGUUGAUAUUGCUACUACAGAGGCAUUGAAAAUGGCUCAAACAGUAGAUCCCGAAGGACAGAGAACACUUGGUAUUCUAACCAAGCCUGAUUUGAUCGAUGAAGGAACUGAGAACGAGACCGUUGAUGUUGUCCGGAAUCAAAGAGUGCCUCUGAAAAAAGGAUACAUGAUUGUUAAAUGUCGUGGGCAGAGCGACCUCACUAAUAAACUGAGCUUGGAGGAUGCAAUCAAGAAAGAGAGAGAAUUUUUUGAAGAGCACAAGUUUUUCAGUCUUCUUUUGGAAGAAGGCAGAGCUACUAUCCCAUUUCUGGCAGAAAAACUUACAAAAGAGCUCACUGAGCACAUUCAGAGAUCGCUGCCAACUUUAGAAAAUCAAAUAGAAAUCAGCCUCCAGAAAACGCAUGAAAAACUUCAGAAGUAUGGUGAAGGUGUUCCUGAAUCCUUGGAGGACAAGAAAUAUUUUUUUGUGCAAAAAAUCAAGGCUUUUAAUGAAGACCUCUUAAAAAUUUUACAUGGAGAAGAGGAUGAAAAAUGUUCAAAAAAAAGUAGAACAAUUACACGUAUUCGAAAGGAAUUUAAUGAAUGGCAAGAUACAAUUAAUGAUAACACUAAAGUAAAUCUUCAAGGAAGUGGAAAUUUAGGAAAUAUAUCCCGUGGCAGAGAACUUCCAGGGUUUGUCAAUUUCAAAACUUUUGAGAACUCUGUAAGACGGCAAAUUAAACGAUUAGAAUAUCCAGCAUAUGGAGUGUUGAAAGACAUUUCAGAGCUUGUGCGGGAAGCAUUUAUUGAACUUGCUAAACAACACUUCAGUAGUUUCUGUGCUCUCUGCAAAGUUGCUCAGAACAAUAUUGAAGAUUUAAAGCUCACACAAGAAGACAAAGCAAAAAAUAUGAUACACACUCAGUUUAAACUUGAAAAUGUGGUUUACUGCCAGGACAGUGUAUAUAGUGAAGAUUUUAGAACAGUAAGAGCGACAAAAAUCACUCCAGUUCCUUAUUUAGCUGAUUUUACAGAAAAGUGCUCAGUGGAGGAAAUGAUUUACCAUAUCACCGCCUACUAUAAAAGUGCAAAAAUCCGGCUUGGUAGUCAGAUUCCUAUGAUCAUACAGUUAUACAUGUUCAGGGAUUUUGCUGAGAGGUUACAGAAUGCAAUGAUGCAGCUUUUGCAAAGCGGAGAUCAGUUGGAAAUUCUCUUUCAUGAGGGAAAGGAUGUUGUCAACAUAAGGAAUUCUUUAAAGGAAAGGAUUGGACGACUUCAUAAAGCUCGACUGCUUUUGAAAAAAUUCUUUAUUUAAAUAGGAUGGCUAAUAUUUCUGUAUAAAAACUUCUGGUAGCAGCUCUGCUUCUGUUAGAUGACUGUAUUAAGGGUAUUUGUAACUUAUGUUUAACAUUUGUAAAAUUAUUCAGUGAUGCUCCUCAACUUGAAUUUAGAACCACAAUUGGCAAAGAAAGGCCAAUUUUGAGAAUUAGAAUUUGUAUUUGCUACUUUACAUGCACCUUAUAAAAUCACUGUUAGUUACUGUGAACCUUUCAUUGCUAUUGAGUCAAUAUGCUAUCUGUCCAUGUGCUACAACUAUACUAACAUAAUGUCCGCUGUCCCCAAUGCCAAUGCCUAUUCUUGGCUUUAUGUUCAAAACCGCAGAAAUAACCUCCUUCCCCCAGUUCCAAGGUUGUAGGAGGUAAAGAAUAACGCUAUCUUCAGCACACUUAUCAUUUUUACACUCCUCCUUGUAUGUAGUCUAUGUAUUGUAUUGUAACCUAAGCUGAAGAAAGAUUAAAAGAGAGAAAACUAAAUCAUAAACUAGGGUUUCCCAUCCUUUUUCAUUAUAUAGCCAACAAAUAUUGAUAAGCUCCUUCAUGUAAAUGGGAGGUGAUUACAGAGGUGGGGUGGGGAAAAGGUAUUGGUUCUAUCAUUCAACUUUGGAACAGCCUCCCACUUCAAAUUCAAAGGGCCCCACCUUUUUAGCCUUCAUGAAGGCCAUGAAGAUCUGGCUCUUCCCCAAGCAUUGGGUUAGGAGGAAGUUGAUUAAGGAGGCUGAUAGCUGGUUGAUGUGUCAAGUAAAAAGGGUUAAUUUCAUUUUAUUCUACUUUAAUGUGGGCCACCUAGGAUCACUAUGUAAGGCAGAUGGCCAUAUAAGUAGUUUAAAUAAAUAAACUAUUAACCUAAUAACUAUAUCAUUUCACAUUUAUCAAGUCCUGGAAAAUGGAUUAUUUCAUGAGCCACUGUAUUUUACUAUUUUAGGACAAAGUACAGAAGGACAGCAGGUAAUGUUGACCUGAGACUGAAGGGAAGUUGGUGUGUCUAUUACCUGAAAGGGCAGUUAGUAUCUCUGUGGUACAAUCUGCCACUGCUCAUUUCUAUGUGAUGACUGGUGAAGCAAAACAUGUUACGCAUCCUAGGAGAAAAUGCUACUUUAACACUGGUAUAGCUAAGAAUGUUUUAACACUUGACUCACUCAUGGUAUUGGGACUAAUUGAAGCCAAUAUCAUGAGGGGAAAGCACACUGCUGAGGCAUGCAUUUAUCAUGGUAGGACCCCGGAGAAGGGCCAUAAGUUUUCAUUUCUUCAUAGUAGAUCUAUUGACAAGGUUGUGUUAUCUGUCUCAAUGCAUAGUCUGAUUUCUAAAUGAAAAUAUAUAUUACAUUUUCUUAAUCUUCAGGAUCUAAUUUUUUUAGCAUAUAGCCUGGGAAGUAAAUAGGUAGGCUAAAUGUCAGUGAAGACUCAAUCAUCCAGGCCAAAAGUAUUUUAAAAAGUUAAAUCAGGACACUAGACCAAAGUAUAACUGAUUUAAUCUUUUAAAAUGUAGGCUAAGCAGGUCAACAGGGACCAAGUGAAAUAGAAUACUGCAGUUCUCUACUUGCUUCUCUGAGGAGUCCUAUUGACUUCAGUGGAUCCUGUCAGUACUCACAUGUAGGAGUUUUAAGUUACAUUUGAUUAGCAGAUCAGCAACAAUAUAAUUCUAGUUCUAUUUGUUAAAUUUUAUUAAGUUUCAUUAUAAAAUAAAAAUAUAGAACAAAAAUUAGAAAAAGAAAAGUAUGAAGAGAGAAAAGAAAUGACUUACAAUGUUGUUUUUGUGCAAUAUUGUAGAUUGCAAAAAUAAAAAAUCUCAAUGGUUUCAGUGCCCUCUUCAGGUUGCUUGUAUCAUAUAAUGUCACCCUAGCUCUAAUACCACUUUACACCUCUGAUAUAUCAUUAUUUCAAGAACUUACUAUAUGGAACAACAUUUAAACUUCACCACUGUCUUCAGAUUGGUAAUGAAAAUUCAUACAGGACAAAACAUUAAGCAGAAUUAAGUGACAAAAAUCACAGAUUGAUAUUACAUCUGAGAGAUACACUUAGAAACAAUAUGAACAUUCCAGAUCAUUCUUUGUAUUUUGAAUUCAGUUAUUCUAAUGAGCAUUCCAGUAAGAUCUGUAACAUACUUCCACCAAAGAUAUUACCUGAAAUUAAACAAUUUCUUGCAUGAAAUGUGUUUAUUCCAGUGAAAAAUAAAACCUGUACAUUAAUCUCAUUUAAGGUUACAUUUAGGAGAACAAAAAUAAAAUAUACUAUGUUGAAAUUGUAGAGACUUUGAAAUAUGCUUUGCAAUCCUGAACAGUGUGCAAAUUAGUAUGUGUAGUGUGUAUUGGUGGUUCUCAACCUGUGGUUUGUGGACCCCUGGGGAGCCGUGAUAUCAUCAUGGGGUCCAAAAACUUGAAAAAAACGUUAUGAUUUAAAUCUUGGGGGGGUCCGUGGCCAUAGUCCAUGCCAUAAAAAGGUAUCUAAAGGGGGCCCGUGGUGAAAAGGUUGAGAACCGCUGGUGUAUAUAGUUUAUUAUUAACAUAGUAAAAACAGCUAGAGGUAGUCAAUUUAUAUGAUAAUAAAGCAAAAUUAAAUAAAUAAUGGUAUAAUGGGAAUGAUUUUGCUUUAUAUACAUGUGUAACUGUCAUGUAACUUUAAUUCUUUUUAAUUCUUAAUUCUUUAAUGUAAUUAUUUUUGUUUCCUGUAGCAAAUUAUAUAAAAAUAGUUCUGCCUGAUUUCUGGUGUGCUCGUUGGGUAUGAAACCCAGAGGUUUCUCCCUCUUCUGCUUCAAUACAGAAAUAAAGUUUUGUCUUUCCUCA